AUGUCUGGCCGUGGAAAGGGAGGAAAGGGGCUGGGGAAGGGCGGCGCCAAGCGUCACCGCAAGGUGCUCAGAGAUAACAUCCAGGGGAUCACCAAGCCGGCGAUCCGCCGCCUGGCUCGGCGCGGCGGAGUUAAGCGCAUCAGCGGCCUGAUCUACGAGGAGACGAGGGGCGUCCUCAAGAUUUUCCUUGAGAACGUCAUCCGCGACGCGGUCACCUACACCGAGCACGCUCGCCGGAAGACCGUCACCGCCAUGGACGUCGUCUACGCCCUCAAGCGCCAGGGCCGCACGCUCUACGGCUUCGGGGGGUGA